AUGCAUUCAUCAAUAGGCGUAUUGGGAGGCGGCGACCAGCCGAUGAAUGGUAUUUUGUGCAGCGCAUCGGAGUGCAGCAACACAGCCAGGUUGCGUUGCCCUACGUGCAUCGAACUGAAAUUGAAGGAUUCCUACUUUUGCUCCCAGGCAUGUUUCAAAAAUAGCUGGGCAUUUCAUAAAUUGAUCCACUUAGCAUGUACUUCGGAACAAUACAAUCCAUGGCCUUAUUAUCACUUUACCGGGUUGUUACGUCCAGCACCAAUGGGGCAGAAGCGCGGGGUUCCAAAUACUAUCGCAAAACCUGAUUAUGCAUUCCGUGCAGAUGGGAUUUCGGAAGCCGAACAACUUGCAAGAAAUAUUAAUGAGAUUAAGGUUCUCGAUGAUAAUGAAAUAGAUUGCAUGAGAACAGUUUGUAAACUGGCUAGGGAAGUGCUGGAUGAAGCGGCUCGAGUUUGUGAACCUGGUAUUACCACAGAUCACAUCGAUGCUGUUGUGCAUGAAGCUUGUAUCGAAAGAGACUGUUACCCUUCUCCUCUCGGAUAUCAUCAGUUUCCGAAGAGUGUUUGUACAUCAGUUAAUGAAGUCAUUUGUCAUGGGAUCCCAGAUAUGCGAAAACUUGAAAAUGGCGAUAUUUGCAAUGUUGAUGUGACAGUAUAUCAUCGUGGCUUUCAUGGCGAUCUAAACGAAACAUUUCUGAUCGGUGAUAGGGUUAAGGAAGAUACGAGGAAACUGGUGAAAGUUACAUAUGAAUGCUUGCAGCAUGCUAUUGAUCUCGUUCGUCCGGGUGUGCGUUUCCGUGAAAUUGGCAAUGUUAUCCAAAAACAUGCAAAUGCGCAUGGCUUAUCGGUUGUUAAAUCAUAUUGUGGACACGGAAUUCACAGGCUUUUCCACACUCUUCCGAAUGUGCCACAUUAUGCAAAAAACAAAGUGACAGGAGUUAUGAAGGCUGGCAAUACAUUUACCAUCGAGCCAAUGGUUAACGCUGGUGGACAUAACAACGAACGUUGGCCGGACAAUUGGACUGCCGUCACUAGUGAUGGGAAGCCCUCGGCACAAUUCGAACAGACAUUGUUGGUGACUGAGUCCGGAUGUGACGUGUUAACAGCUCGAAACACAGGCCGCCCCUGGUUUAUGGAUCAGCUAGAAAAAAGUUAUUCCUCAAAUUAG